AUGGCUUGGGACCACCUGUCUAUCACCAAGCCGCACUUGGUGUAUAUCAUCCUCGGUGGCUUCACCAGCCUGUUCAUGCUCUGCUCCUCCGUCAUCAAGGAGCGCGCCUACAUCGGUGAAGCAACCAUCGCGACUCUGUGCGGAGUCAUAUUCGGGCCUCAUGCCGCGGACCUCAUCAACCCCAUGUCAUGGGGCAGUACCGAUAUCGUCACCAUCGAGUUCUCCCGGAUCGUCCUGGUCGUGCAGUGUUUCGCCGUCGGUGUCGAAUUGCCAAAGUUCUACAUGGAGAAGCACUGGAGAUCCGUCGUCUUCCUCCUCGUCCCGGUCAUGACCUUUGGCUGGCUCAUCACCAGCCUGUUUGUCUGGUGGAUGGUGCCCACGCUGAACUGGCUCGAGAGUUUGGUCGUCGCGGCCUGCGUCACCGCCACCGAUCCCGUCCUGGCAUCCUCGGUCGUCGGUAAGGGCAAAUUCGCCAAGCGUGUGCCCAAGCAUUUGAGAGACUUGCUGUCCGCCGAGUCGGGCUGUAACGAUGGAAUGGCCUUCCCAUUCGUCUAUCUCUCCCUUUACCUGAUCCAGGAUAAACUCUCAGCCAAGGACGUCACCUUCCAUUGGAUCGUCUACACUAUCCUCUACGAAUGUAUCUUUGGCGCCGUGUACGGCUUCCUGAUCGGCUACAUCGCUCGGCAUGGCAUCAAGUUUGCUGAGAAGCAUGACCUGAUCGACCGAGAGAGUUUCCUCGUCUUCUACUUCGUGCUGGCCCUGUGGUGCGCAGGUUCAGGUAGUAUACUCGGCGUUGAUGACCUCCUGGUCGGCUUUGCGUGCGGUGUGGGAUUCUCCAACGACGGUUGGUUUACGAAUAAGACCGAGGAAUCCCACGUGUCCAACGUCAUCGACUUGCUCAUCAAUCUGGCAUACUUCGUCUACUUUGGUACAAUCAUCCCUUGGGAGCAGUACAACAGCGCGGAGCUGGGCCUGACGCCGUGGAGGCUCGUCGUCAUAGCAGUAUUUGUCAUCUUUUUCCGCCGAAUACCCAUCAUGAUGGCGCUGAAGCCGUUGAUACCAGACAUAAAAACCUGGCGCGAGGCCUUGUUCGCCGGUCAUUUUGGUCCCAUCGGAGUUGGCGCGAUCUUCGUCGCCAUCCUCGCACGUGGAGAGCUGGAACACGAUGAACCUGUCCCUCUGUCUGACGUGCCAACGGACGUGAACACUCCUCAUUUCUAUCUACUCACACUCGUGUGGCCGAUAGUUACAUUCAUGGUGAUCUCGUCCAUCAUAGUCCACGGCUCAUCUGUAGCCGUCUUCACCCUUGGCAAACGGAUCAACACCCUGACCAUCACCAUGUCGUACACCACGGCCCCGGAGGAUGGACCAUCUUGGAUGAACAGGCUUCCUAGGAUUUCGUCUCAGUCCAAGUCGCAAGCCAGGACCAUGUCCGAUACCGAGGGCGACGAACUCAAGAUGCCCGAUUACCCCCCUGGAACUUUACCUCCCAUUGGAUAUCCUGGCAAUUUCUUGAGGCGUCAAAAGGAGGAAGACCAGCCAAGUCGACAGGGCAGCCGUGCGUCAUCGCUUGCGGGACGCCGACGUAGGAAGAAGUGGGAUGAUGGCAUUGGUCCUGGCGGCCCCGUGACUCAGUCGGCGAUCUUUCCGCAACGACGAAGCCAGAGCGAACAGACAUCGACUACUCUUCGUGACAGCCAUUCGCCACCUGACCAAGACAAGGAGACUCCCACGGCGUCUCGCAGGGGAUCGACCAUGGAGGACCCCGAGAAGCGUGCUGCUGAGCAAAGGGCUGAGGUUGACGCCGAGGAGGAGCUGGAGAAAGAGGCCAGCCAGCAGGAAGCAGAGAGAGGACGCUCGGGAGAAGCAGGUGGCUCCCAUGCAAGAGAUCCUGAGAUUGAGAUCUAUGAUGAAGGCGAUCAUAUCAUCGUUGAAAACCGCGAUGGUGAUGUGAUUGCUGUUGAGGCACCAGUCGAAGAACAACACAAAGAAGACAAGGUCCAAGACCUGAAACAAAAGCUGGAGAAGGAGGCAGUACAUUCUCAGUGGACCUACGAUGCGCUGAAGAAGAGGCUCGGCCAUUGGCGUGAUGAGGAGGUGCAGAAACGGAAGGACAAGCAGAGAAAUGACCGACGGCACGAGCCAGCCCGUGCAUACCAAUUUGGCAACACCAUCAUCGUCGAGGACGAGGACGGCGAGGUCGUCAAGAAGUAUGAGCUGCCAUCCCAGAGGGGCGAGGGCAGCGGUGCUAUGAGCCAGGGUCUUAAGUACAUGGGCAUGGGAGGCCUGAUGAAGGGUGCCCAGAAGCCAGAUGAAGCGGGAGCGUCAAGCGCUGCAGAAGGUGAAGCGUCUCAAGGGCGGCCCAGAUCGGACAGCAAGCCUGGCGUGACCCGGAGGCCAACGUGGGUGGAAGCCCUGGGCGGGCGAGCCAACGAGGCCCAGAAGGAGAAGAGGAAGAACGUGGCCGAGCAGGAGAUGGAAGACGAUCUCCACAUCCGCUUCACGAUCGACGGCGUCGGCCAGCGCAUGACCAAGGACAACUUCAUCACGGAGAUGCGCAAGCUGGACAAGAAGACGCGGCGCGAGGUGAUCGAGCAGUCCACGGCCUCGGAGCGUGUCAAGACGCUGGCGAAGCAGGAGCCGCCCACGCCCGAGCCCAAGUCCGCCCGCGGCAAGGCCAUCAGCUCGCCCCAGGCAGGUCCCAGCAACUCCCAACAGCAAAAGGCGCCGGCCACCAAGCCGUCGCCGCAGCAGCAGCCGGCCGCCAUGUCCGGCGGCCUCUCGUCCGACAACUCAUCGCGCGAGAGCUUAUCCAAGGCGCGCGCCUCUCCGCCCGCCUCCUCAUCCUCGGGCAACGUUUCGCCCCUGGAGCGCCGGUCCAGCGACGACGCACCUAGCCACGACGUGCCCGAGACGGCGGUCGAGCGGCGGCGCAGGCUCGCGGUGCUGAAGGGCCUGGGCGGCGGCGAGGGCGACGAGGAGGGCGAGGCCGGCGAGACGCCUGCCGAGAGGCGGCGUAGGGAGGCUGCGCUUGGUGUCUCUGGCGGGGACGCGGGAGAUGACGAGGAGGAGGACAGCGAUGAUGACGAUACCCCUCGGGUGCCUCCUGCGCGGCGAGGUAUCAGGUUUGCCGAGCCGGAGCGAGGGCGCAAGUAA